UUACUCUGCUUGUCUGCGAGCGUAAGUGGUAUUUCAUGUGAUUAUAAAAUGUCGUCUUCUCCGGAUAACACUCAUCAUGAGCUUUCUCGCGAAGAAAAAGAAAAGCUGUCAGCACUUUUUAACCGUCUAGAUGUAAAUAAAGAUGGUUCUAUCGACAUUCAUGAUUUGAGUGCAGCAUUAAGUCAGAUGGAAGUUCCUCAAGUACCGGGACAGGCGCAGAGAUUCUUUGAAAAGACAGAUGUGUCAAAAGAUGGUCAAGUUAACUUUGCUGAGUUUGUCCAAUAUGUUGCUGAACAUGAGAAGAAACUGCGGCUGUUUUUCCGUAACAUCGAUACAAAUCAAGAUGGAGCCAUUGAUGUGUCAGAAAUCAUCACAUCCUUCAAAAAUUUGGGAUUACAUGUGGAUCAAGCCGAGGCUGAAAAGCUCCUGCAAAGAAUGGACAAGGAUGGCACUUUAAAAAUUGAUUGGGACGAAUGGCGUGAAUAUCUCCUUCUUCAUCCAAGCCAGAAUAUCCACGACAUUAUUGCUUAUUGGAGGCAUUCUACAGUAAUCGACAUUGGAGAAAAUGUCAUUGUACCAGAUGACUUUACAGAAAAAGAGCUACAGUCAGGCAUGUGGUGGCGUUACCUCGUUGCAGGAGGCACUGCUGGAGCUGUUUCAAGAACGUGUACUGCACCCCUUGACAGACUAAAAGUUCUUCAACAGGUGCAUGGAAAAUCUGGAAUUCGCUCAGGUUUCAAACACAUGUUGGAAGAAGGUGGAGUCAAAUCCUUGUGGCGAGGCAAUGGGAUCAAUGUUUUCAAAAUUGCCCCAGAAUCUGCUCUUAAAUUUUCUUUCUAUGAAAAUAUCAAAUCCCUUUUCAAAAAAGACAAACAUGAACUUGGAAUGGCAGAGAGAUUUAUUUCUGGGUCAUUAGCUGGUGCUAUCUCACAAACUAUUAUCUACCCCAUGGAAGUACUGAAAACAAGAUUAGCUGUUCGAAAAACUGGACAGUACAAGGGUAUUUUUGAUUGUGCAAAACAACUCUUGGCAAAUGAAGGUCUUUCUUGCUUCUAUAAAGGCUACAUUCCAAACUUAAUAGGAAUUCUUCCAUAUGCUGGAAUUGAUCUUUGUGUAUAUGAGACAUUGAAGUCAAUGUAUCUUGCCAGAAGCAAAAGCAAACAAGAUCCAAGCAUUUUUGUGAUAUUGGCCUGUGGUACAAUAAGCAGCACUUGUGGCCAACUAACAAGUUAUCCUCUAGCUCUGGUCCGAACUAGACUCCAGGCUCAUGGAGCUUCUCACACAAUGACCAGCAUGUUCAAAGACAUUUUAAGGAAAGAUGGUUUCAGAGGACUUUAUCGUGGUCUUACUCCAAAUUUUAUGAAAGUGGCACCAGCAGUUAGCAUAAGCUAUGUAGUAUAUGAACAUACUCGAACUGCAUUAGGAGUGUCUUCGACUUAACAUGUUAAUUUCAUGAACACAACAUCAAUACGAAAAAAAAGAAAAAAAAGGGUCAAUUUCUAUCUCUCUCUUACAUGUUCUCAUUAUCCUUGCAUUGAGAACAUAGACAGAAAUAGGUACAGUGAAAAAACAAAAAAGACCUGAGAACUAGUCUGGAAGCAGAAAGGGACUCAAUAAGAGUUAAGAAAUGAAGAUCUUAUAUAUAAAAAAAGAUUGUUCAAGAAAAUGUUAAAACAGUGUUUGCUACUGGAAAUUUGAUAAAGUGUUUUUAUUGUUGCAAGAUGCAAGAUAACCAAGUACAUGGAAUAAUGGAAUAUUCAUUCCUGGAAAGAAACCUGCCUUAAUGUUAUUGUUUUUGUUUUGUUUUAUUUUUUUUUUAUGAAUGGGAUUGACAGAAUCAUUAGAGCAUUGGACAAAAUACCUAGAGGCAUAUUUAGUUACAGCUCUUUAUGUUUGUAGUUCAAAUCCCACAAAGGUCAACUUCGCCUUUCAUCCUUCAGGGAUUGAUAAAAUAAAGUACCAGUGAAGUACUGGGGGUUGAUUUUAAUCAACUAAUCCCUCCCUACAAAUAUGUGGUUUUGUGCCUGUCUUAGAAAUGGUUAAAAUUAUUCAGAGAAGAUAGAAAAUUUUCUUGACUUGACUGUCACUUUAUUGUUUUUAAUUCAUAAUUUAACAAUUAAAAUGCAUCAACAAAUAUUAACGAUUGGUGCUUACAGGAUGUGCUGUACUCAUACAGGAAACAUGAAGUAAAUAGCUUGCAUAUAAUGUUUGAUAUCACAAACAUUUACUUCAUUUUUCAUUCUUUAUUUGGUGCAAUUUUCAACUAGGAUAGGAGAAUUUGAAGGAGUAUGUAAGUGGUCAUCAGGAUUGUAAAUAUUUUAACAUAGUCAGUUUUUUUUCUUCUUGGAUGAUGGUAAACUACAUUGUGCAAAAGGCUUGGCACCUCAUAUUAGGAUCUAUUGGUUUAUAACGUUAUGGAUUACAAUUGCUCUCACUAAUGUAUGUCUGAAUGUGCAUGUUUAUGUGUGUUAAUGAAGUACAGUAGAUAUCUUUGCAGUAAAUUCUACUGACAAAAUCAUUUAAAAUCCAUAUUUUACAUUCCUUUUUUAUUUCCAAAUUUCAUUUGCUCUAAUCUGGAGUAUAUAGUUCUAAUCUACUUUACAAAUAAUAAUUCCUAAUUUUGUGAUCAGUCUCUUCAGAAAUGUUAUGUCAGAGUAGUGGUGAGCAAUACACUGUCUUUCACUUGCCUGAUCAUAUGGCUUGUUCUUAUUCUCUUUUUGUUGGUGCCUCUUUCAUUUCUGAUUUUUUACCUCCUGUGCCUCUCUUUCUCUUUGCUUUUAUUAGAUUUCCUAAGUUUCUCUCUCUUUCUCUCACUUUUAUAUGAUCCUAUACUGAUCCAAAGCUAAGAUCUUAAUUCUUUUUUGUGUGAAGAUAACAUUUUUUUUAAUGUGUUUCAUCAAACAUCAUCCAUAGUAACAAUAAAGAAAAGUGAUGACAAUGUGUCAUAUAAAAUAUUCAAUAUUA